CUUUAACUACUUGGUCCAUAGGUAACCAUAAGAGUUAGCGUUCGUUACUACUAGAAGAAAAAAAGAGAUGUGCGAUUCCGCUGAAACCGUUCGCGCCACGGAGACCGCUAAAGGGGGUAUUAAGUACGAGCUGGUUCUGUCGGAGCCAUCUGUGAAUGAUCCCCCGAAGAAAGAUCAGAUCACCUCACCACCGAAAACCAUGUCUGUGGAAGAGAUUGAGCAGAAGCUCAAAGCCGCCGAGGAAAGAAGGCUUAUGUUGGAAGCUGAGAGACUGAACCAAAUAAACGAAAAGAAAAACAAACUUCAAGAAGCCAGCCAGAAGCGUCAAGAAUUUAACAACAAUUUUAUCCAAUCCACGAAGGAAUCUCUGGAGCAAAAGAUGGAGACUUUUGAAAAUAACAGGGAAGCCAAACUUAAGGCUUUGCAAGAAAAGCUUAAGGAACAUGAACGACAUAUCGAAGAAGUAAGACAAAGCAAGAACCUGAACCCACCUGAAGCGAACGAGGAGUGUCCAGUGGCAUCAUCUGGGUAGACCAACCACCCCACCCAGACAAAAGUCGCCAAGCACUGUUUUCCGCCAAACUCCUUUCUGUCGCUUCAUAUCAAUGAAUAGUUGAUCUCAAUACGAACUACAGCCAACAUUAUUUUUUUCUUUUUGGUUGAAAGCAAUAGUAGGACCAAACUGAGAUCAUGCUUCCGCCAAAACAGUGUCUUCGCUACCUGUAUUGUUGGUUCCAUGCUUGAAUUCAAGUCGAGAAUGUAAUUUAUCCGACAUUAUCACCGUUUUUGUAAGCCGUUGUUCUUUUUGUAGCUCUAUUUGCACGCUUUUUAAAAGAUUUAAAAAGCCUGAUGGGUAUUUAUAUUUAGUGAGAUCAUAUACUUUAGAGAUUAUUUUAGGUAAACUAUCUAUUUUAAAGUUGUUAUUUCGUUGAGAAAAGUGCUCUUAAUGAAGGGAAAUGAACCGCACCGUAUACUAAAUGAAAAGUCGUUUUCUUACGAUUUGAAGGUUCAGGAUCAAGAUUUUGUAUUGUGAUCGUACGUGAUAUUGACACCGUAAGAUUAUUAGGUGAUUAGGAAAAUUACUAUUGGAUAUAUUUAUUUCAGUGCUUUUUAUUGCAUGCAUGAAAUGUAAGAAUAACUGCUGAUAGGAAAAAAAAGUAUUAAACUUCGUACCAGAAAUUUGCGUGAUAGCGCUUGGAGUCUUUUUAUGAAAACGUUAGGCAAAAUGUAAUUGAUACUCGACUAGAAUGUAAUAAUAGGUAACAGGUUUUAAGCACAAACACUCCUGCCAUAGUGAUUUUAUGUCAAAAAAUUCUUAAAAUGUCCAUUUAAAUAUUUUAUGUAACUACCAGCUUACUGCAAUCAAAGCAAUAGUACAAAUGCAUUGCAGAAAUGAGAAAAUUUCUUGAGUAAAUUCAAUUUGAAAAUAUUUGCUAAGCAUAUUCUUCUAAAAAUUUACCUAAUCCCUGAAAAAAACUUACUCCAUUUUGCUGGUAAUUACAUUGACAGUUAUUCUAUUGAAUGCUAUAAAAACACUUCUGGUCAAUGUAUAUGAUGUCAGUAAUUCUUAGUUCUAUGAUUAAUUAAUGAACGGGAAUAAAUUAUUCUUUCAAAAAACAAACAUCACACUAGAAAACAACUCUUUUAAAUUUCUUCUUGCCACAUUGGAUUUAACUAAAGAACACAUAAAUAAUAUAAGGUUUUAUCAAAAGCUUAACAAAGGUCAUUAAAAACGUUUUCAUUAGAUAGCGUGGUUUGUUUUCUGCAUAAAUAAUGUUUACGUUAGCUAUAACCUCAAAAGUUUAAAUAAUGAGCAUUAAAAAUUGGCAUCCACAGGUAUGGACUGGACAUGAAGGUUCCAUACCUGGUCAUACAAACUUCAGCAUUUUUUAAGUUUAUUGAUUGUUAAAAAUAUUGAGUAAUUAAUAGAUAUGAAGAACACUGGGGUAAUGGACAUGUAAUAGCCAUUUCGUUACAUGCACGGAUGAACUAGUUAGAAUGAAAACUGGUUUACAAAUGAAAUUUUUAAUAAAUGGGUGUUGGAAUCAUUGAGCUGAAACUGAUUAUUUAAAAUGGAGUGAUUUGAGACUGAAAAACAAUUGUUCCAGACACCAUCAGAAACAGAUUAUCACAGACUGCUUAUUUUAGAUUACUACUAGCUAAAAAAAACAUAAUAUUGUGAAAUUAAUGUUACUAAAGUGUGAUAUUUACAUUGUUAAUAUUACGUCAGAUUUGGAAAACAUAUAUUUUGUUACAUUACUUCAAUUAAUACUGCUGUAUUCAACUGCAUUAGCAGCUGUUUAACUUAAGGCUACUAAGACACAAAAAUACACAUGUACGCACGUAUAUGUAAUAAUCUAUUCGAUAAUCUCUAAUAUGAUGCAAAAAUAAUCCUGUCGGAGUAAAAGUUCAACUUUAACUUAAAAUCAACGAAAGAUAAAUAACACGUAUUUAUGUUGUAAUUCUUUUUUUAUUUUCACUUUGAAAUGAAGAGUUUAGAGGAUAAAUUUUAUUGAACGGAAACAAUUCAUUAGCAAUUAUAUAUUUUUGAUAAUGAAUAAAGGCUAUACGACUGCUGCAAUAAUCGCAACUUUCCAUGCUGGACAGCUUGGAAUGGAAAAGAUGGCGAGUUCGGGUUUUUAAAAGUAUACUAUUGGUCUGUAACCUUUAUAAUUCUGCUCAAUAAGUGCCCAUUCCUUCAUUUCUUAUUGAGUAUUCUUUCGUGUUUUCUUGUUUGUCAGCUAUAUAAAUACUGUAAUUGUCCUUGUUUGGUUUUGUAGAAGUGUUUUGGCUGGAACUACGGUUUGUAUAGCUCAAUGAGGAACAAAACAGUAUGAUGUUGUAGCGUGCCACUUAAUGUUGUACCCCACCUAAAUAAGUGUUACUUUUAUACUUAAAUACACUUAAAAAUAUCGAAACCCUACGGUGUUUUUUUAUGUAUAAUUAUUAGUUAAAAACUAACACUUGCACCAUUUUUUCUUAUGAGACUGAUGAUAAAGUACGUUGCAAACGAUUACAAUCUAAAAAUAAAAAUUUUGUUUUUGGGAAAAAUAAAUUGCUGACGCUCAGUCAUACUUUUUUUAACAUUUACUAAAUUCAAACAGUCAACAUAAAUGAACUUUCUAACUUUAAUUUUUUGGGGAUCUCAAAUGUUGCAGGUUUCCUAGAAUACUGUUUUUUGAAAAAUCAAAUGGAAGCUACUAAAGAUAAAUGCAUUAUCAAAACGCUUCUGACUUUUAUUUACAGGUUUUAAAUUGAAUCUUGAGCUAAAUCGUUUUCACCAAAAAACUAUUUUACAUUAACAAAUUUGCUUUUAACAAAUAAUAAUUAGUAUUUGUUAAAAGUAAAUUUGCUAUGUAAUUUAGAUAAAGGAAUGACUUUAACCAUCGUUCACUAUAAAAAUUAAACUUUUGUUUUGUCAAAACUACAAAGUUUUGUUUUAAAUCAAAGUGGUAAAUACUUAAAUACACUUCAUUCAAGUACUUAAAUAUUGGUGAACGAUCCUUUGAACUACCUGUUUGAUCGCUUUGUAACUUUAUUAUUUCAUUUUAUUACAUUUAUGUUAUUGUUAUUCGUUACUUCAUUAGAAAUGUCCUUUAUUUUCCCAAGAAAAUAAUAUGAAAAGGAACCUGCAACAAAACAGUUACUGCCUGAUAUCUUUGUAUCAAAAUUAGCAAGCUCUAUAUGGAUAUUUCUUAUGUGUCUUGCUUUUGUGCUGCAAUUAUUUCCCGACAUCAAUACAUGAAAGCUCUCUGUGGCUAAAUAUGAUAAUAAUUUUUAGAUGAUGUAAUCUUGAAUAAACCAUAUUCACUUGAA